AUGUUUGCUAUCCGACCUCAGCUCAGGACGCCUCGGGGGUGUGUUCGAGCAGCAGCAACAGGGGGCAUCUCGCAACGAUGCUCACGAGUCCGUGUCUUGUUGCCAACAAGCGUCAGAUCCUCCUCCUCCAAGACAAAAGUAGACCCGCGCAGCCUCCUCGCAAAACAGCGCCUCAACCGCCCCGUCUCCCCACACCUCUCCAUCUACCGUCCCCAAAUCACCUGGAUCGUCAGUAUAGCGACGCGGAUCACGGGCAUCGCGCUCUCAGGCGGCCUCUACCUCUACAGCACAGCCUACCUCUCCUCACCAGUGACGGGGUGGGACAUCGGCUCGGCAUCCGUGACAUCGGCGUUCAGCAGCUUGUCGCCGACAUCGAAAUUCGCGAUAAAGUUUGCUGUUGCGUACCCGUUUACGUUCCACGCGUUUAAUGGUGUUCGCCAUUUGGUUUGGGAUACGGGGCGUGGUCUGACGAAUAGGCAGGUCGCUCGCAGUGGUUGGGCGGUUGUGGGUGCUUCGGGGGUUGUUGCGACGUUGUUGGCUGCGUGGAGGCCUGGGGAUGAGUAG